AUGCCUUCGCUCAGGACUCUAGGCAAGCUCGCCGUCGGUGGCGCACAAAUUAUCCUCGGUGGAGGUCAGCGCGUCAUGGGUGACUUCACCCAGGCGUGCCCCAAUGCGCAGUUGAGCUGCCACAACACGACUGCUGUGGAGAACCUAUGCUGUUUCAACGCCCCCGGUGGACAGCUGCUCCAGACACAAUUUUGGGAUGCAUCGCCUGCUACCGGACCAGAUGAUAGCUGGACGAUUCACGGACUAUGGCCCGACCGCUGCGACGGAAGCUUCGACGCAAGCUGCGACUCGACGCGCUCCUACUCCAACAUCAGCGCAAUCCUCAACUCCUUCGGCGCCACCGACCUCCUCGCCUACAUGUCGACCUACUGGAAAGACUACAAAGGCCAAGAUGAAUCAUUCUGGUACCACGAGUGGGCCAAACACGGCACCUGCAUCUCAACCCUCGAGCCCGAAUGCUACACCGAGCACAAGCCCACCGAGGAAGUCGUCGAUUUCUUCCAGAAAACCGUAGACCUAUUUAAAACCCUACCAAGCUACGAGUGGCUCAAAGAAGCAGGCAUCCUACCGAGCACCACGCAAACCUACACAUUCGACGCAAUCCAAAAAGCCAUCCAGGCAAAGCGACCAGACGUCGAAGUCACACUGGGCUGUCGCUCCGGCGCACUCAACGAAAUCUGGUACCACUUCGACGUACGCGGCAGCGUGCAAACAGGCGAAUUCGUGCCCUCGAACCCCGAUGGCACAAAAUCUACAUGCCCCCAAUCCGGAAUCAGAUACUUGCCCAAACACGGUAGCGGGUCGCAGCCUUCCAACCCUAUCAUCACCACGACUAGUACGGUGGCUGGUGGCAAUCCGGCGCCGACGGCUGCACCGGGGACUCCGUUUAGCGGGCGCGGCCAGUUGAAUGUGCUUGUUGAUGGGGCCAAGCAGGGCUGUAUUAUUAGCAAGGGCACGUGGUACGCGACUGGCACUUGUGCCACUUUCUUAGCUACCAAGGUGGGCGAGGAUGGGUUUACGCUUUCGAGCUCAAAGGGCAACUGCGGCAUUGUUGGGGGUGCGCUGGCGUGCGGUAACAAUGUUCGCACUGCGACCGGUUUCACGAAUGCCGAUGGGCUGUUGGCUGCGGGUGGCAAUGCCAAAUGGAGCGCUGACAAGGCUGCGCGUGGAAGCACGCAGCAAACGGUGUAUGCGGGUGGAGAUCACUCUGCUACAUUUAGCAUUUCCUGGCAAUCCGUCUAG